AUGCCCCGAAUCUACAGGAAUACAAGCCGUCAGCCAUUCGUCGAUGUACCCAAGUUAGAUUUACUGACGCUGCUGUUUGACUCAGAACAUGGCGUGGCCCAGGACGACACAGUCUUGCAUCUUGAAGCCGCCAACCCAUCCAACAAGAUCACCAAGAGUGAGCUGCGUGACCUUGUCCAGCGGAUAGCCCACGGGCUACGCGAUCAAUAUGGCAUUGGCACAAAUGGACGUAACAAGGACGUCGUCACGGUAAUCAGUUAUGGUCAGAUAUUGGUACCUGCCGUCUUCUUCGGGGUCAUUGCCGCCGGCGGGGUGUAUUCUGCAGCCAGUCCGUCAUCAACAGUCUCAGAAUUUGCCCGCCAGAUCAACAUUGGCACAAGUGGACUUGUCAUAUGCAGCGCAGAGUGUAAAGACCUUGCUGCUCAAGCCGCCAAGCAGUGUAAUGUACCCCCGAACCGCAUCCUAGUGCUCGAGUCUAGUCCAUCAUGGAGCUUGAAGAGCUUGGAUGGCAAAGUCGACGCCAUUUCAAGCAAGAAGUUGGACUGGGAGCGCAUAACGGACCCCGAAGCUUUGAAGAAGAGUCUUAUCACGAUCCUAUGGUCCUCGGGAACGACUGGUCUGCCAAAAGGUGUCAUGCUUUCGCACGAGAACCUCGUGCAAGAAGCCUACUUGGUUUCAUUGCCGGGCCGAGAAUGGGCAGUCAAGCAGGUCGAGGCCGGAAAGGAACUCAAACCGUAUCGUACUCUCGCACACUUGCCCAUCAGCCACAUUGCUGGCUUGUUCGGCUAUCUCGUCCUGCCGAUGUACUCCGGCGGCCUGGUGGUCUGGAUGCGCAAGUACGAAUGGUCAAAACUCCUUCAGUACGUGAAAGAGUACGAGAUCACGGCUUUCUACACUGUGCCGUCGAUAUAUCUCCGGAUUUCGAAGUCUCCCGACGUCAAGGAUCAUUUCAAGACGAUCGACGCUGCGUCGACUGGUGCUGCUCCAAUGGACGGAGAACUUCAGAAUGCGGCGAAUUCCAGACUCGGUACCGGAGAGACCUUUAUCGGCCAGACGUGGGGUCUGAGCGAGACGACUGGCGCAGUCACCAUGAUGCCGAGAGGACAGACUGAUGUGUCCGGGAGUAUCAGUCCGAUCUUGCAGAAUGUCGAGAUAAGAAUGGUCGAUGACAAUUACAACGACGUCGAACCGGGACAAGAAGGCGAGUUGCUCGUGCGAAGUCCGCUGGUGACACAGGGGUAUUUCAACAAUCCCCAAGCUACCAAGGACGCUUUCCAUGAUGGGUGGUUUUGCACUGGUGACAUUGGAGUGCUGCGGGAUGGAAAAUUUUACAUCGUGGAUAGGAAGAAGGAGUUGCUCAAGUACAAAGGCCUGCAAGUUGCGCCGGCCGAGAUUGAGAAUCUGCUCAUCACGCAUCCGCGGAUCCAAGAAGCAGCUGUUGUCGGCGUCAAUCUGCCUGAAGACCCUGGCACGGAUCUGCCGCGAGCUUAUGUCGUGGCCAAACCAUCCGAGAUCAGCGAAGAAGAGGUCAAAGACUAUGUCAAGCAGCGGCUUGCCCCCUAUAAGCAGCUUCGCGGAGGAGUAGUCUUCGUGGAAGAAAUACCCAAGAACGCCAUCGGCAAAAUGCUUAGGAGGGAACUUCGAGAGCGAGCCAAGAAAGAGUUGGGACUGGCCGGCAGGGCUGCCAAAUUGUGA